AGUCGCACAGCGACCAUGGUCUCUGCUCUCGGUGCGGCGCUGUUGCGACAAACCUAUUAGGCUCUUUUGUAUUUGUUCGCGAGCCGGGCGACGCGAAUUCAACCUCUCGAAUGUCGACGAUAGCACCGACAUAUGCGCAACCCAAGUAACCGAGGGACUGAGGAGAGGGGCUUUCGCCGGGCUGGGGUAGCUCCUACUUAGCGCCAACUUCCUGAGCUUGUUUCCUACGUAUCGUGUCGUCUUGCGUUUCAGACAUUCGAGACUCGUUGUCCGUUGCAAUGCAUUCUUUUUCGAGAGCAAUUCAACGCCAAAGGUUUGGCGCGCGACGCUCAUUCCUCAGAAAGGGACCAGGAAUCCCAAUCCAUGACCGGGGAUUUGCGACCAGUCAGGAUAUAAAAGGGCUAACGAUCAUUGAUCAUCACUACGAUGCAAUUGUUGUUGGUGCUGGAGGCGCUGGGCUCCGUGCAGCAGUAGGCCUCACUGAGGCUGGUUUGAAGACGGCAUGCAUUUCUAAGCUGUUCCCGACGCGGUCGCAUACUGUAGCUGCGCAGGGCGCAGGGAUCAAUGCUGCGCUUGGUAACAUGACUGAGGACGAUUGGAGAUGGCACAUGUACGAUACUGUCAAAGGAUCCGACUGGCUAGGAGACCAAGAUGCAAUCCAUUACAUGACCAAAGAAGCGAUACCCGCAGUCGUCGAGCUUGAGAACUACGGAAUGCCUUUCUCGCGAACUUCCGACGGCACAAUAUAUCAACGAGCACUUGGAGGGCAGUCAUUGAAGUACGGGAAAGGUGGUCAGGCGUACCGAACCGCGUGUGCCGCUGAUCGAACAGGCCACGCUAUGCUUCAUACCCUGUACGGCCAAAGCUUAAAGCACGGUGUGCAAUUCUUCAUUGAAUAUUUCGCCUUAGACUUGAUGAUGGAAGAUGGUAAGUGCGUUGGAAUCACGGCCUUGAAUAUGGAAGACGGGACUUGUCAUCGCAUGUUUGCGAGAAACACAGUCCUAGCAACUGGCGGCUAUGGUAGAGCAUACUUUUCUGCGACGAGUGCGCACACAAGUACCGGCGACGGAAACGCCAUGGUUGCAAGAGCCGGGCUCCCUCUCCAAGACAUGGAAUUCGUUCAAUUUCAUCCGUCUGGCAUUUAUGGCGCUGGCGUCCUCAUCACCGAAGGAGCACGCGGCGAAGGUGGCUAUCUUCUCAAUGCGGAAGGCGAGCGCUUUAUGGAGCGCUACGCACCAACAGCGAAAGACCUUGCAAGCCGAGAUGUCGUUUCUCGCAGCAUGAACCUGGAGAUAAUACAAGGACGUGGAUGCGGACCUGAAAAAGAUCACAUCCAUCUGCAGCUUUCUCACUUGCCGAAAGAAAUCAUCAUGGAACGGUUGCCAGGAAUUGCCGAAACUGCUGCAAUCUUUGCCGGCAUUGACAUUACGAAAGAACCUAUUCCUGUUUUACCAACCGUCCAUUACUGCAUGGGCGGUGUGCCGACUAAUUUCAAGGGACAGGUCUUGGAUGUACGGGAAGGGAAAGAGACAAUAGUGGACGGAUUGUACGCGGCAGGCGAAGUUGCAUGUGUUAGCGUACAUGGCGCCAACAGACUUGGUGCUAACUCUCUCCUUGAUAUCGUUGUGUUUGGACGAGCGACAGCCUUACACAUUGCGGAGACUUUCGCACCCUCAGCACCUCAUCACGCCGCCCCAGCAGAGAUUGGAUUGGACUCUAUCCAUGAGAUUCGGACCAUCCUAAAUUCGGCUGGCUCUUCUUCGACGGCUUCCCUGAGAGAUGAGAUGCAGCGCACGAUGCAAUCCACUACAGCAGUGUUUCGUACCCAGGACUCCUUGGCCACCGGGAACGCCCAGCUCCAAGACAUUGAGAAACGAUUCGAUAGCGAUCUAAAAGUCACCGACAAGAGCUUGAUUUGGAACUCGGACCUGGUAGAAACACUUGAGCUGCGAAAUUUGCUCACAAAUGCUGUUCAAACGAGCAAGGCAGCGCUUACACGAACAGAGAGUCGGGGCGCACAUGCACGAGAUGAUUUCAAAGAUAGAGACGACGAGAAGUGGAUGAAGCACAGUUUGACGUGGCAGAACGGUGUGUGUAAGGAAGUGGGUUGGGCGACGCGUGCAGUGACAAUGCACACUCUGAAUGAGGCGGAGUGCAAGAGCGUGCCACCAGUGCAAAGAUCAUACUGAAUCUUUCACCCAUUUGCUCUUGGCAUGGAUUGCUCCCCUGCCGAAUGACGCUCGCUCUAUACCGUGAGUCUGAAGUGAUUUUUCACUUAUCGAGCCCAC